GUCCAAGGCUGCACUGCCAAACACGGUCGAUGGUCAACUGCGUCACUUGUCCUGCGAUGAACCUCGCCUCACUCGCCAGUAUUACUCUCCCCUGUUCUGCUUCUCUAUCUCUCUUUUUGUUUCCGUAGGCGAAGCGACGCGGAUACAAAGUGUCUCUUCUUCCCGUUUGUACUCCUAGUAGUACGUCUACCGACCUUGCACUUCUCCAUCCUACAUUUCUCCUACCUCAACAGAACCACAGACAACAGUUGGAAACCAACCAACCAUGUCAACACCUUCAGAACCCCCGCCAUCUUACGCGGCUGCGACCGGUUCCUCGACCACAUCCAGCGCACCUCACGCAUCAUCGCGCCUUGAAGUACCUCAAGAAAAGAAUGGCAUACCCGCCUUGCACCGCCGUUCGAUGGAAGACCUACAACGACCUCUGCCCGACGGCUGGGUGCGCUCCUACGAUCCGAAAGAAAACCACCAGUUCUUCGUGAAUACCAAGGAAAACCCACCCAAAUCAUAUUGGGAACACCCGCUUGACAUUCCGGAAGUCGUGCAGAAGCUGAGCACCGAGGAGCGAGAGCGACUACAAGAAGAAGAAGACCGAUUGCGCAAGCAAUUCCCGCAUUCUGCAGACCACUCCGAGGACGAGAGUCACGCGGGCAAAUCGACGCUUCCACCACGACCGUCGGCCUCGAAGCCCCAACAGAAAGCCGAGCGCGAAAAGACAUUCGGCGAGAAACUCAAGGAUAAAGUGACGGGCACCACUCACGAAGAGCGCGUCCGCGAGCGUGCACGCAGAGAAGAAGAAGAGCGACAGUACUAUGAGGCGCACAUGAAGCUUCGGCAAGCCAUGCAGAAGGCCGAGAUGACAGGCCAACCUCAAUUCUUCGCCAGAGACAGAGACGGCAAAGCCAUCUACAUUGAGCCACCUGGCGGCGUAGGAUAUGGAUACGCCGGUUACGGUACGGGAGGCUACGGAAUCAAUCCUUAUGCGCAAGGUCCAUAUUACGCCAAUCCCAACGUCAGAGUCAUUCGGCCUGGCUAUCCUUAUAACCGUCCCUAUGGUCCUUACAGCGGCGGUGGUAUUGGAUUGCCAAUCAUGGGAGGCUUGUUGGGCGGCAUGAUGCUCGGCGGUCUCAUGUUCUAAUGAAAGCGAAGCAACCUCGAACGGCAAGAUUGCGAAAAUUCUUCCGUGCGACUUCAUGAAACGAUGGAUGAUGCAGGACUCUUGAUAGCACAGCGGGAUGGAGUAUUAUUAUGACGUGAGACUGGGUUUCGCUUGGGAGACAGGCUGUUAGCUAGCGAUAGGAAAUUCAUGUUUUUAAUUGUG